GAGAAACGAGUUCGAAGAGCGAUGGCCCGUCCGUCCUUCCAAGAUGACAUUUGUAGGACAUAAGUGAAUCGGCGGGCGAGUCAAUCCGGUUCAAGAUUCCGUGUUCGGAAUUGGACAUCGAUCGCGUUUUAGAAAGCCAACCCCGAGGUUGACAAAUUUGGGCUGAUUUGACGUCUGUGAUAAUUCGGAGCUCUUGCCGGCGGAGAGUAAUCUGGCGUCAGGCUUCUCGUAGCGCUCUUGAGGAUUGAGUUUGUGUUCUUCUGGAAUCUGAAGGAAUUGAAGACGGUAAAGAAAGUCGGGCAAAAUGGUGCUCGCGGAGCUGGGAGGGCGCAUUUCACGCGCCCUACAGCAAAUGAGCAAUGCGACAGUAAUAGAUGAGGAUGUUUUGAAGGAGUGUCUGAAUGAGAUUUCACGAGCUCUGUUCUCGGCAGAUGUUCAAUUCAAGAUGGUGCAGAACAUGCAAGCUAAUAUCAAGAAAAUUGUGAAUCUUGAGGAGCUGGCCGCUGGACACAACAAGAGGCGAAUCAUUCAAGAGGCUGUAUUCAAUGAGCUGUGCGCCAUGCUAGACCCGGGGAAGCCAGCCUUUACUCCGAAGAAGGGCAAGCCCAAUGUGAUCAUGUUCGUCGGACUCCAGGGUUCUGGUAAAACGACCACUUGUACAAAGUAUGCCUAUCACUAUCAAAAGAAAGGCUGGAAGCCAGCUUUGGUAUGUGCUGAUACUUUCAGGGCAGGAGCUUUUGAUCAACUCAAGCAAAACGCCACAAAAGCCAAAAUUCCUUUCUAUGGAAGCUACACAGAAACCGACCCAGUAAAAAUCGCCCAAGAAGGAGUAGAUACGUUCAAGAAGGAAAAUUGUGAUCUUAUUAUUGUAGAUACUAGUGGUCGGCACAAGCAAGAAGCAGCACUAUUUGAGGAGAUGCGUCAAGUUGCUGAAGUGACACAACCAGAUCUUGUAAUAUUUGUGAUGGACAGCAGUAUUGGGCAGGCUGCUUUUGAUCAGGCACAAGCUUUCAAGCAAAGUGCUGCCGUGGGGGCUGUCAUUAUUACGAAGAUGGACGGUCAUGCGAAGGGAGGUGGUGCAUUGAGCGCUGUCGCGGCAACAAAAAGUCCAGUCAUAUUUAUAGGAACAGGAGAACACAUGGAUGAGUUCGAAGUUUUUGAGACUAAGCCUUUUGUCAGUCGUUUGUUGGGUAGGGGAGAUUGGUCCGGCUUCGUUGACAAAAUUCAUGAAGUUGUUCCCAUGGACCAGCAGCCGGAACUGCUGCAAAAGUUAACCGAAGGCAACUUCACUCUCCGAAUCAUGUAUGAACAAUUUCAGAAUAUUCAAAACAUGGGACCCCUUAGCCAGGUUAUGUCCAUGAUUCCAGGAUUCAGCUCGGAACUAAUGCCUCAAGGUCGUGAGAAAGAGAGUCAAGCCAAAAUCAAGAAGUUUAUGACCAUGAUGGAUUCGAUGACUGAUAAAGAGCUUGACAGCACAAAUCCGAAGCUAAUAACCGAGACAUCGAGAAUCAACAGAGUAGCCCGCGGGUCUGGUCGAAGUAUUAUGGAGGUCAAGGAAAUGUUGGAGGAGUUCAAGAGGCUUGCGAAGAUUUGGAGUAAGAUGAAGGGGUUGAAAAUACCCAAAAAGGGUGAUAUGAGUGCAAUGUCUAGGAAUAUGAACGCUCAACACAUGAGCAAAGUGCUUCCACCACAAAUGUUGAAACAGAUAGGUGGUGUAGGAGGUUUACAAGCAUUGAUGAAGCAAAUGAACUCAAAGGAAUUUGCCGGCAUGUUUGGAGGAGAUAAACCAUGAUGACGCCAUCUUUAUUUGGUGUAUACAGCAGGAAGCUUUGUUAAAAUUGUCUUCUUUCAGAUCGUAGUAUGCAUCUUGCUGCUAUUUGGCAUGUGCAUACCUUCAUGACCCAUUGUCAAUUUGUAAUGCCAAUGUUUGGUUACGGAUGAGAAGACGUCUGGUUUUGCAAGUUCAGAUAAUUGCAAUAGGUCGGAAGACCUAUAUAUCGGCAGUAAUUGCUCCUCGGCUUCAGUUCGAGCAGGAACAUUGAUGGUAGAACCGUGUAAUAUAGACUAGUCGGAGGUUAGCCUCAGAUGUUUGGACUCCGUGGCUCUAAACUUUGAUUGGGGAUCUUCAGUAGGGUGUAUCAUAAUUACAGGAUAGAAUUGAACUGCAAAACAUAGUAUUAGGAAGGGACCAAACCGGAAAGUCGCUAUUCAGCCCGCUUUAUCAUCAGGACUUUCAUGUGAAAUGGUAGUGAAGCCUUACUAGCAUCUUGGAAAGUAAAUUUGAUGGCGUAAUGCGCAUCAAAAUUUUUGGAUUACUGGUUGGAGAAGGAA